CCAUUUUCCGGGAUUAGACAUCGAAUUCUGUGAAGUGCUACGAAAAAUCGUAAAAUUCCAUGUUAAACUCACAUCAAUUGCUGUAAUUUUUACACGAAAGAGAAGUUCUUACGCACUGACAUAAAACUGGCAGUUUUUGAAAACGGCAAAGAGUUUAGCAUAAAUUGAACGUUCACGUUUUAUGUCGUUCCCCUGUCUAGCGCGAUACGACUUAAAUUAAUGGCUAGCAACAGUAACGCCGCACCAAGCACAAGCAGCGAUUCAAAGGACAGCAGAUGGUACUUCACAGCCGAGCAAUUAGCAAAUUCGCCAAGUCGAAGGCAAGGCAUCGAUGCAAACCAGGAGCUUUCCUACCGACAGCAGACUGCAUAUCUCAUACAGGAAAUGGGGCAGCGCCUGUCAGUGUCGCAGUUAUGCAUCAAUACAGCAAUUGUCUACAUGCAUCGAUUUUAUGCAUUCCAUUCCUUCACCCACUUCCAUAGAAAUGGAAUCGCGGCGGCGAGUCUCUUUCUCGCGGCCAAAGUUGAGGAACAGCCCCGCAAGCUAGAACAUGUAAUUAAAGUGGCACAUUUGUGCCUCAGUACAGAAUUUCCACAUGCAGCGUCGGAUGUUUACAAUGAACAGGCACAGGAUCUAGUUUUCAACGAGAACGUUCUUCUCCAGACGCUUGGAUUUGAUGUUGCCAUUGAUCACCCGCACACACAUGUCGUCAAAACAUGUCACCUGGUUAAAGCCUGCAAAGAUUUGGCUCAAACUUCGUAUUUCCUCGCUUCCAACAGCUUACAUUUGACUUCCAUGUGUCUACAGUACAGGCCUACAGUAGUUGCAUGCUUCUGUAUUUACUUAGCGUGUAAAUGGUCGCGAUGGGAAAUUCCACAAUCGACAGAAGGAAAACAUUGGUUUCACUAUGUCGAUACAAGCGUAACGCUGGAUUUAUUGAAACAACUCACAGAUGAAUUCCUAGCAAUCUAUGAAAAGAGUCCAGCUCGAUUGAAGUCGAAACUGAAUUCAAUAAAGGCUUUAGCUCAGAGUGCACGAAUGAACGAACCGCAAAGACCUAUCGCAGAUGCAAAUGGUUCGAAUUCUCAAGUACCACCAGAAUCAGCACGGAGACCUGAAUCGUAUUCUAGUCAUCAUAGACAUCAUUCAUCUGCUAGCUCACAUCAUACUCAUCAUUCUAAGCCGCAGUUACCACCAACUGAAUCAGGGGAUCAUGGGAAACCUACCCUAUCACACAAACAACAGCAGCCGUACACAAGCGCAUCGUCCGGUAGUGGUCAUUCUUCGAGCCGACCACCUCGUCCCGACCGGCCACAAUUGGUACCCGAUGGACAAAUGCAUCCAUCGCACGGUGGAAGCAACAAACAACCAGUUCUACCUAACGUUCCGCGACCAAGUAGCAGCAGACCCCCACACGGUAUGCCAAUACCAUCCGGAACAAGCAACACUUCACAACGCCUUCCACAUGGGCCGCAUGAUCCAAACUAUCAUAAAAAUAGAAGUUCAAUACAACCUCCAAACAAUCCCUCUAUAGUUAGCGGGCACAAGUCCAUGUCGAAAUCCAACGACCCUCAAAGGAGCUUGUUGAAAGAUCCUUCCGGUCGUCCUAUAGAUCCAAACAAAAUACCAGCCAAACAUAGCAGUGGGAGUAACAUGGGUAGUUCCAAUAACAAUAGCAAUUCAAAUAUGUUUACAGGACCAAAUGUAGGUGCAACUGGAAUAGAUUUGACAAGGAAUGUUCAACAGAUAUCACAGCCGCAGCUACAGAGACCUUUCGUACCGACUAAUGUACAGCCUCCAACCUAUAAUCAAACUAUAUCAAGCCGUAGCAACAGCAAUAGUUCUUUAAAAUAUGAUCAAUCCGUCCAGCAACAGCAGCAACAAAUGCAUUUGCAGUCAGGUCAGAAGCAAUCUUUAGAGUCUUCCUUCAAUCAACAACAACAAGCUAGUUCGCGUCAAAUCGAUGAAAGUAGUAAUAAUAAAACAGAACAAAUGGAGAUAUGUUCGCCAACGAAAUAUUAUCCGCAACCGCCGUCAGUUCAAUCACUCCCAGUUCAGCCUCCACAAGCAAAUUUACCCCAGCCCGUAACAUCUCAAAGCAAAACUUCGUCAAUAUUCAGUCCUGAAUGGAAUGACAAAGUAGCAACGCAUCCUAAUUUACCUUUAAAUACUAAUAGCAAAACAAGUUCUGAUAGUAAUUUGGAUAGACCAUCAGUAUUAGGAUUAGGCAUGAAACAAAACAGGGAAAGUCCAAAGAGGUCAGAUCGGGAACGGCGUUCAGAGACGCCGAAAAAGGACAAAACCCGGCCAGAUCAACAACCUGCCGAUCCCAGCAAAUUUUCGAUGCAGAGUGAUAAGAGAAAUAGCAACAAAAAGGUAAUAGAUAUACCUAACCAGCCAAUGAUUCAGAAUACUGCCUCAGGUGUACCCCCAUACGACACCAAAAAUCAACAAGCUCUAAACUUGAGUGGCGUAAAGCGACCGAGCGAAGGAGUCGCUCGAUUAGAUGAAGAACGAGAUGUGAAAAUUCGGAAGGUGGAACCUCAAUUAUCACCGAAAAGCAGUAGCGAUCAAAAACAGAUGUAUCCUUUCGAUCAAGGUGGAUCUGUAGAUUCCUCGCGAUCAGCCAAACCUUCGUACUCAUCAACUGUUAACGGCAUAGAAACUGAUCCGGAUUUAGUUCGAAAUUUAUUAAAAGAGAGCCUGUGUACAGAUAACAAAUUUUUAAUUAAACCAGAACCUAUUUUGAACUAUGUCGAUAUUAAGCCCAUAGAACCCUUAAGUGACAUGGAAACUCUACCCGCGCAACUACUACAAAAUGAGUCUCCAAUAAAAGAGACAAUCAAAGAAGAGCCUAGUGUCCUUGUUCCGAGUUUAAGUACUAGUGGGAACACAAGUGGUGAUGCUUACUCUAAGUCGAAAGCAGAGAAAAAGAAGAAAAAAGACAAGCACAAGCAUAAAGAGAAGGAUAAGUCGAAAGAUAAGGAAGAGCGUAAGAAGCAUAAGAAAGAUAAGAACAAGGAGCGUUCGUCUGGUAACGAACAGGAGCAGAAUCACGUGAAACUGACCAUACCGAAGGAGAAACUUAAUCUUACGUCACUAGGACCACCACCUUCUCUACCAACCUCGGAGUUGAAAAUAAAAAUUCCAAAAGAUCGAAUACGUGCCGAAUUAACCCAAUAUCAAGUGGAUGAUAAUGUUCAUACAGCACAACCAGCACUAGCACCCCCGCCGCAGCCUAGUUCCUUAAAAAUAAAAAUAUCUAAAGAUAAAAUAGAAAGUUAUAGUCAUCAUUCGCAACAUCAUUCAUCGUCGUCUUAUAGCAGUAGUGGUAGCCAUCAUAGUCAUCAUAGUAGCAAGAAAAAGGAUCGUGAUCGCGAUAAGGAUCGUGAGAAGGAUAAAAAGCGCAGUAGCAGCAGCAGCAAUAACGACCAUAAUAAACAAAAUGGUAGUGGGAGCGGCGGUGGAAGUGGUAGCGGUUUAUCAGAAUCCACAUCUGCGUCAACGAAAAAUCAAUCAUCGAAUUCAAAUAAGAUCCAACAAUAUACCACCAAUAUGAGCCAACUAUUUGGUGAUUUGAAUGAUGACGACGAUUCACCAUCGCCACCGUCACCGUCAAUGUAUCUACAUCAACAACAGCAGCCACAAACACAACAAAGAUAUUCGUAUUCAGAUAAAUACGGUACCCAAUAUCAACAGCAAAUGGGUGGGAAUUACUAUAACAAUCCCAAUAAACAAUAGUUCGCAUCCGUUCAGAAAUCGUGUUAGAAAAAUUGCAAGCAUAGCAAAAAAAUAUAUGGAACGUAAGCAUAGACAUUCUCCAGCUGUAUCCGUUCAUAUGUGAUUGCACCUUCAUUAUGUGUAAAAAAAAACAAAAAAACAAAAUAUUCAACAUCGUUUAGGAAAUCAUUAAAGCAUGUCCUACUUCAUGUUAUGUAUAACUGUGGCAGAAUAUCUUAAGUUUCAACUGUUUAACAUUGAAGUGUAAAUAAGUGUAACUCACAUUUCCGUAAAUGUAUGUAUGUACAUCUAAUAAAGUCGAAUGUAACGUGGGUGGAACCAGGAAAUUUUUCAAAACAGCCAUUCCAAGACCAACUAUGUGUUGUAAGUGAGUAGCAGCGCUUCAUACACUUUGUUAAGAAGAAAUAAUUCAACCGAUUCUACUUAAGCUAAUACUUUUCAUUGCGGAAAUCAUUCUUUUGUGGAGGUGAUUUCUCUUUUUCCACUACUUUUUGUAAAUAUAUCGUAACGCGAGAUACAAAACAGCUAAAUGAAAACUCAUUCAUUAAACAUAAGUCGAUCCACUUAAACAAUUCAUAGUAUCAUAAGUGUUGCUGGAUUCAACAACAUAUAGACGGGAAGUUUGCUUUGAACUGUGAAAUAAUGUAUAGAAACUGCAGACUGCUUUGUGGAGAUCGUAAAGUUGGCAACAACUAUAUCUUAUAAAUAAUAUGAAAACUCGAAUAUUUACUUGAUAAUUGCCUGCUUCUUUAGUUGCUUUCAAAUGGAGUUUGUUUUCAUAUUUAAACACUCAUGUAAUUUCAACAUUAUUGUAGGAAAUUAUUUGUCAGUUUCACCUCUCUCAACUGAUCAAUUAACUUGUAAAGAAACACUCUAUAUUAAGAGGCAGGAGAUCCUUCAAAUCGCUACAUCAUGUUUAUUAUGUGGUUUCCAUUAACCCCAAUGUGGGGCGCUCUCUGUCCCUUCCUGGCAAUGCGCUUCAGCUCCCCCGUGACUUUUCGAGAAGCUUACACACUUCUUCAAUCGUUCUGCGCCAUGUAGCGUAAGGACAACCCACUCGUUGUUUACUCAGGGGGUGGUGCUUUCUACUGGCAAGACAUAAUCAAAUUUCGGGGAGAUUUUUCAGUUUCAUCUUGAGUUGUUCCAGAGAUUUUUUUCUUUUUGUCGUAACCAGCAUGGAAUCGAUAUUGUCUUCUAUUUGUAGUUAAGUCUAAAAUUGAUUUACCAGUAGCUUAUUCCUAACUACAAUUUUAUUUUAUAGUGUAUAGUGUACAGCAAGGUCCUCCCGAAAUAUAUAUAUACACUAUAAAAUAAAAUUUUAGUUUGGAGUAAGCUACUGGUCUAUCAAUUUCAGCAUGGAAUCGUUAGUAUUCCUAAGUACCGUGGAUGACUCUGAUAAGUAAUUUUCAAGUGAAUCAGUCACCAAAGGAGCUUGUGAGGUUGCAACCUUUAGGCAGGAGCACAUUUUUUAGUUUAUAUAUGAUAAUCACUAUGAAACGUGAACAUAUAGGUUGGAUUAUUAACAUAUCAAAAACGAUAUUCAUCAAUUGACGCAACACUUUAAAUUCCACAUUUCAUUGUUUCGAUUUCGAUGAUUUUUUAAAAAAACGGAAGAGUAAUGAGCAACUAUACAUCGAAAAAAGUUUCUUAAUUAUUCCCACUAUGCUGCGUAUAUUCGAAACUAUGGAUCCGCCACGCACAUCAUUAACUAUAUUCCUAAGAAUGAAAACAAAAAAAUGAGAUAUCGCCUGAAUCAAUUCUGAUAUUAGCCCAUGUAAUGGUUCAAACCAUAAUAUUAAAUUUAAAAAGUACCUUACAGAACAAUAAAUGGUAAAAAUGAGGAGAAACGUAAGCAAACCUAUAGGUAAAUUUAAUUAGUCUAUGUAAAUAGUUAGGAUUUUCAAUUAUUCAUUUUUCUAUUACUGAAUAUAUUUUAAGUUAUUUUUAAUGUUUGCAACAACAAAUACAAAACCCUUUGUUUCAUAGAUUUUGUUAUUUAUAAGUGUAUAUUGUAAUACACAUAUUAAAGUACAUAUAUAGCGACUAUGGACUUUCUUAAAGGAAAAGAAAUGAAUUUGUAUUAUUAUAACAAACUUGCUGAAUUUCACAUAUGAACAAAACAGACUCAAUAUUCGUAACUCGCCAAGAGUAAUAAUAAUGUCUACAUCUAGUAUGUAAUUCCUGCUAAUUUAACAACCUAUGUCCACCUAUUCAUUAUUUUUCAUGGAAUAUAUUGCCUAUCUGUUAGAUAACUCUAGAUAAUUACACGAGAAGAAAGAAAAGGAAAACAAAAACAAAACAAAUUGAAUUUAAGUAGCAAUUAUAUUCAAACAAUUUCAAUGUAGUUGGUUAUUGAACUUACAUCUCUUGAAAAGAGUACGCAGUUGAAUUCUAAGCAAAGGAUAAUCGUUCAAUAACAAGCAUCGCCAAGAAACAGAAACUUGCGAUUAUUUAUUUAAGAUGUAUAAAAAAAAUGAAAUAUAAAAAUGUAUCUAUGAAUUAGAAAAGGAAAACGCGUAGACUUUCAUGGUCACAUAUUAGUGCGCAAUUUUAUUGAAUCAAAAAAGUUGUGUUGUCAUUUAAGGAUAGUAAUGAGGUACGAUUUGAGAAAUUACCAAUUGUUUUUUAUUAAACAUUUUUAUCCUUAUUUAUCUUUCAAACAAAAGAAUUCGCAACACGUGAAAGAAAGAAAACUUAAUAAAACAGAAAAACAAACAAACGAAAA